UCUCACCAAUUUCUCAAUCUCAUCUCACAAUCUCAAACACUGUUAAAUCAAACCCAAUUCUUCUCGAAAAAAAUGUCAGGUCGUGGAAAGGGAGGUAAAGGUUUGGGCAAAGGAGGAGCGAAGCGUCACAGGAAGGUUCUGAGAGACAACAUCCAAGGAAUCACUAAGCCUGCGAUCCGGAGGUUGGCUCGUCGAGGCGGCGUCAAGCGCAUCAGCGGUCUGAUCUACGAGGAGACACGUGGCGUCCUCAAGAUCUUUUUGGAGAACGUUAUCCGUGAUGCGGUUACUUACACCGAGCACGCGAGAAGGAAGACGGUGACUGCAAUGGAUGUGGUUUAUGCUCUUAAGAGACAAGGAAGGACUCUUUACGGAUUCGGCGGUUAAGGAUUUUAGCGUUUUGUUUUGUGUUUUUUUUUUUUCUAGGAACGAUUUAGCUGAUAUCAUUUGGAAUUUACGUUUGCGUUUUGCUUUGUAAUGUUGUUUGCGAUAAAUAUAUGCGUUUGCGUUUGUUACCUCUC